AGAGAGAGAGAGAGAGAGAGAGAGAGAGAGAGAGCAGGGACGAGCGAGGAACGAGGAGAACGGAUCCGGGAGUGCCGAGGCGCACAGACACACAGGAAUCAUGGAGAAAAGAUUACCGCUCAGGAGGACUUUGCCAUCUAACGGACUGCGACUUUUAAUAUCCCUCCUCACCUUAUACGGACUUACCGCAGGUGUGAGCAGUAACCAGGUAGUUGUUCCUGAAAAAGUGAAUGCAGUGCUGGGAAAGAACAUCACACUGGGCUGCCGAAUAGAAGUGGGUCCUAGCCUCAGCUUUACACAGAGCUCCUGGGAGCGUCGUCUUCCUUCAGGCACUAUUACCCUGGCGGUGUUCAAUCCCGAGUUUGGAACCUCAUAUUCUUUACAAUAUGAAAAACGCAUCUCAUUUGUUUCCCCUUCAAUACGAGAUGCCACCAUUACCCUUGAAGGAGUUGACUUUACGGAUAUCGGGUCCUACACCUGCAAAGUGGCUACAUUUCCUUUGGGCAAUACACAAGCAUCCACUUAUGUUAAUGUUUUAGUGGAGCCAAAAGUGUACGUGUCCGCAGGCCCCACAGCUCUGCUGGACGGUGGCAAUGAGUCACUGGUGGCCACCUGCAUUGCAGAGCGGGGUCUUCCUGAAGCCAAGGUCUUCUGGGAGACGGAGCUGCACGGGCGAUCAGAGAAGCAGAGUCAGAAUGAGGCAAACGGCAUCACCACCGUACGUGUGCACUACAUGUGGCAGCCACAGAGCUCCGCCCAGGGGAAGACACUCACCUGUGUGGUGAGACACCCAGCCCUGCAGACAGAGUUUCGCAUACCCUACAUGCUAAAUGUGCAGUUUGCACCAGCAGUAUCGAUCAUGGGAAUUUGCAAAAAUUGGUACGCUGGCCAAGCAAAUGUGAAAUUAACCUGUGAAGCCAAGGCCAACCCAGCUGCGCGUCAGUUCACAUGGACCAGGUUGGAUGGCUUGAUGCCUGAGGGUGUUGAGAUCUCAAACAAUAGCCUUGCUUUCACUCGCCCAUUGGAGCGCAAUGACUCUGGAGUCUAUCACUGCGAAGUGACGAAUGACAUUGGUACCAGCAGUCAGGUUGUGAACAUCUGGGUACAAGAUCCUCCCCCCACCACCGCAGCCCCCAGCACCACUGCCUCUGUCCUGCACGACACCCCUGGAACCGGCACUGCCGUGGACCAGCGGAGAUCCCCGUUCACCUCCCCCACCUUGGCGUCCUUACACGACAGCAGCCUGGGUACUAUAGUUGGUGGGGCAGUGGGAGGAGUUCUCUUCCUGAUCCUCUUGCUGAUCCUUGGCGGGGCUUGCUAUAUGCACCAACGGCGAACCUUCAGAGGGGACUACUACACCAAACAGUAUUUGGGACCCUCCGACAUGCAGAAGGAAUCUCAGCUGGACGUGCUGCAGCCGCAUGAGCUGCAAGAGGUGUACGGGGAGAAAACGAGCAAAGGCAGCCAGGAUCUGAAACCCAAAUUGGGUGGAGAUAUCAUUUACCCUGACUACACACCUGAGCGCAAAGACAGGGACGACUGGAUCGACAGGGGAGAUGCCAACAGGGGCUUCAAGGAGGGAAACUACUACCCAGAUCACUACAACAGCCAAAACAUGCACCCCUGCGGGCCUCCUGUGCACAGCCCCAUAGUCAACAACGGCUCCCCCUAUCUCCCGGAGGACUGCUAUGACAAUGGUACAGACAGCGACUAUGUCUCCCACAUGGACGGAUCUGUGAUUUCACGCAGGGAGUGGUAUGUUUGAAGAAACAAGCAAAUGAGGGGGGGGGAAAUGGACAGCUGACUGAGAAUAAUUUAACAAAUGACAGAUUUAAAUAUCAUUAAAAGCCGUGUCAUUUCAGUUAAAGGAUAAAGGAACAUUUCUCAGCUCAGUCUCACAAUGAGCUCUUUGAACAAUACUGCUCUGCCUUGAUUUUAACCACUUAAACCUUAAGGACAUGGACAUGGAUUGCGUUUCACUUUUGUGGCAUUUCAAGGAGCUGCAAAUAAGCUGGAGCGCCUCAGUGAUAUUAUCUGUGUAGGUUUAAGAGGCUUCAGCGUACAGUGACGUUUCAACUGAUGUGAAUGAGGUUUUUCGUUCUCGUGUUUGCUACCUGUCUUUGUCGCAGGUCACAUGUCGGGUGUUCAAACCCUUGUCGGUGAAGUAUUUAUUGCCCUGACUGACUCUGCUCCCAUUAAAUUCUGUGGCAUUAAAAAAAAAAGGAUCUCAUGAUUGCUUACAGCCUUUUCGUACAGGCGAGCUGUUUAUCAUGACCACGAUCAGUAUUUCUAGCAAAUUAUAUUGCAUGGUUUUGUUUUGUUUGGGUUUUUUUGUUUUCCAAAGUAUGUCUGUAAGUGAAAGGGAAAGUCAUGUGUUUAAAAGGGAGAAUUACACAGGCAUUGUACCAAAGGAAAAAAAGCUGACGUUACAUAGAGACACUGCCCCCAUGCACAGCUCUUCUGUGGCUUUUGUCAUUUCACUGCAUCUCCUGAAACUUUGUUAUACAAUGGAAAACCUGAGCGCAGUCACGCUUUGUGGAUAUAGUUUUACUUUCAGCUUCAAUUACUUAAUUUUGUUAUAUAGCUGUUGUUUGUAAAAUGUCAGACCUGGUUGAUUUGGAAACACCCAUGGAUUUGAUGUCACAGCAGCUAUGUACAAAGCAAAAGGGGCUACUAAACUGCUCAACUCAACACACCUGAUCUGAUCUGAUAAAACUGCUAAUGGAAAAAAAUCAGUCAUUGCUAUCUGCCAUGGUUUUUUGGAAGACAAUUUCUUUCAAUAUGAGACAGUAGAAAAUGUUUGACACUUUAGGCCCUUACAUUUAGGUUAGCGGCACAGUAAUAGCAGACUAAUUAAAAAACUAUAAUCAGUGAAUGUAGCUACUUUGAAUGGCUAAUCCAGAAAAAGUGCAGACCCUAAGUAGAAUUAAAACAUUUGCUUCGAUAUUAACUUUAUAUUACUCAGUGGAGAAAUGUGUUAAUUCAGUCACAUUCAUGCAGUGAAAAGCACAACUCUGUUAUUACAGUUGUGAGCAAACAUCAAAAGAAGCCACCCAGACCUUGGCCUUCCCCACUUAGCCAUGAUAACAGGCUGUGUUGCUGUCUUUUCCAUUUUCCCUCCUCACUAUCCUCGGAUUUCUGUCGGUAAGACCAACACCAAUAGGGUUUUUUUUUUUAAACUUCACUUCAAAGUAAUGUGUUAUAAAUACCAGAUGUGACUGUAACGGCUGUCAUCAUCUAACAUUACGCGGCUCCAUAAACCACCAACAGUUUCACUGCUCCCGCUCGACACUCUAGUGUCGUGAUUCAUUAUUGUAAAUAAGCAACAAAUGGAGAAGGAGUACUAAUAAACUGAUCCUUCAGUUUCAGAUUGGAUGUGUUUGUUUGAAGUGUGAUUAUUUGAGUAGCUUGGAAACGUCGUGAGCAGCUGACGUCACUACUGUACAGGCCCUAAUGCUGGGGUUUGGCUCCUCUGAGGAUACGCAGCGAUCAUGGAAACAGGAAACUUAAUCCACGAAUGAAAAAAUCAGAACCAUGUAGGUUAAAGCUGUCUCUGCAAUGGCUCCCCAAGGGAAAUAUAUAUAUAUAUUCUUUUUUUUUUCCUACAAACAACAAAAAAAUUGGAACAAACCCCAGCAAUAUUAAGUUCAAGCUAAAAAGUUGACAUCAUCAGUGAUCUCAUCUGUUCCUGCUUGAUUUGACCUCAGCCAUUUGUUUCCUCAGGAAUGAUACAUGGAUCAAAGUGACCUAUGCUAAGUCUCGCAUGAAUGGGAAAACGUAACCUUUUGGAAACGCCCCACUUUAGUCAGUUUGUGUGUUUGUAGCUAGAGAAAAGUCAGUGAAUAUGUAUUAAAGUCAGUUGAGGACAGGCGGUCAGGUGUAUUUAUUAUUGUGAGGUUUAAUAGAUUUUGGACACACUUAAAAAAACCAAAACCAUUUCUCCGCCCUUGAUUUCUCAUGCCAGAGCUUUGGUUGAAGGUUUAGAAGCUGAGAAUAAACUACUUUAAUCUCUUCAGCUCGCUCUCACUCUCAUCGCCAAAACACACGCACCCGCCCGCCACA